CAACUUUUCAUUGAUACUUGGUCAACCAAAACAUUCAUUAAAUCUUCAACCUUUCAUGAUUGGACUUACUCAAUCGACGGACACUUCAAGCUCGAUUGCAGCAUGACUGAAGGCGAGAUUCGAUUCUUUUCAGAACUUGAAGAUAUUCUCUCGUUGGAUUCGAGUUCUUCGUUGGAGGAACUUGAUAAUACAUUCAACAAUGCCAUCCAAGCUGUUGCUGCUGCUUUAGAGACUGAUCUCGAAGAUCAAGAUUCACUUGACCAAGCUUUAUAUCGAGUCUCACAUAGUGAUAUCUUUGAAAGCCAUAGCCAGCGAAUGACAAGUAUUCUACUUGGGCUUCUCAAUAACCCUGAUGCAUUACCUUCGACGGUUCUAGUGGCUUGUAAUCUUCUCUUGCAGUACGGUCUUGAAAAUCACACUUUCUUUCGAACUUUACGAAAUUUCUCAUUACCUACCAUCAAUAAGACACCUCAAUCCUUAAAUCUUAAUGCUAUCACAAAUGUCAUGCACACCCUUGUAGCUAUCACUAAGAGGAUGGCCUUCAUUCCUCAAAAUAUUGCCGACCCGAAUUUCGUCAUUCAACAUUAUGGGCGUGAUAAAUCAGUUGAGGUCGAGACGCAUGAAGAGGUAUCGAAUCCACAUUCAUCAAACGAAAAGCUAGCCGAAAGGCGAUUGGGAGCUGUUUUGGCUGGAUUACUCUAUGAAUUGUGUAGA